GCCAUUAAAGUCACAGACGAACAAACUUCUACACUGAUUUUUAAAAGCAAGAGUAAGAGCAGCAAGUCUCUGGGUUUGCUUUAUCAACAGAUGCAAAAGACGUCAUACAACCUCAUUUCAAAAUGAAGGCUUUUAUCUGGACCCUAAGUGUGCUAUUCUUCCUACUAAUGGGCAUUGGACAUUGCAGAGGAGGACAGUUCAAAAUUAAAAAAAUAACCCAGAGGAGAUACCCUCGUGCCACAGAUGGUAAAGAGGAAGCAAAGAAAUGUUCAUACACAUUCCUGGUACCUGAACAAAAAAUAACAGGGCCAAUAUGUGUCAAUACCAAAGGGCAAGAUGCAGGUACCAUUAAAGACAUGAUCACCAGGAUGGACCUUGAAAACCUGAAGGACGUGCUCUCCAAGCAGAAGCGGGAGAUAGAUGUCCUGCAAUUGGUGGUGGAUGUAGAUGGAAACAUUGUCAAUGAGGUAAAGCUGCUGAGAAAAGAAAGCCGUAACAUGAACUCUCGUGUUACUCAACUCUAUAUGCAACUAUUACAUGAGAUUAUCCGUAAGAGGGAUAAUUCACUCGAACUUUCCCAGUUGGAAAAUAAAAUCCUUAAUGUCACCACAGAAAUGUUGAAGAUGGCAACAAGGUACAGGGAACUAGAGCUGAAAUAUGCUUCCUUGACUGAUCUUGUCAAUAACCAGUCUGUGAUGAUCACUUUGUUGGAAGAACAGUGCUUGAGGAUAUUUUCCCGACAAGACCCCCAUGUGUCUCCUCCUCUCGUCCAGGUAGUGCCACAGCACAUUCCUAACAGUUAUCAGUAUACUCCUGGUCUGCUAGGAGGCAAUGAGAUACAGAGGGAUCCAGGUUAUCCCAGAGAUUUAAUGCCACCACCUGAUCUGGCAACUUCUCCCACCAAAAGCCCUUUCAAGAUACCACCAGUUACUUUCAUCAAUGAAGGACCAUUCAAAGACUGUCAGCAUGCAAAAGAAGCUGGACAUUCAGUCAGUGGGAUUUAUAUGAUCAAACCUGAAAACAGCAAUGGACCAAUGCAGUUAUGGUGUGAGAACAGUUUGGAUCCUGGGGGUUGGACUGUUAUUCAGAAAAGAACAGAUGGCUCUGUCAACUUCUUCAGAAAUUGGGAAAAUUAUAAGAAAGGAUUUGGAAACAUAGAUGGAGAAUAUUGGCUUGGACUGCAAAAUAUCUAUCUGCUUAGCAAUCAAGAUAAUUAUAAGUUGUUGAUUGAAUUAGAAGACUGGAGUGAUAAAAAAGUCUAUGCAGAAUAUAGCAGCUUUCGCCUGGAACCUGAAAGUGAAUUCUAUAGACUGCGCCUGGGAACUUACCAGGGGAAUGCUGGGGAUUCUAUGAUGUGGCAUAACGGUAAACAGUUCACCACAUUGGACAGAGAUAAAGAUAUGUAUGCAGGAAACUGCGCCCACUUUCAUAAAGGAGGAUGGUGGUACAAUGCCUGUGCACACUCUAACCUAAAUGGAGUAUGGUACAGAGGAGGACAUUACAGAAGCAAGUACCAAGACGGAAUAUUCUGGGCUGAAUACCGAGGUGGCUCAUACUCCUUGAGAGCAGCUCAGAUGAUGAUCAAGCCUAUUGACUGAA